ACAUUGAUUUGAGGAAAGUAGAGACGAGUGGAGUUGUAGGUGCUUAGGACCUUGAAGUUUGAAGCCCCAGCUCUGCAGCAGCAGGGAGGGAGUUCCUUAACCCAGAGAGAGGCUGUUUACCAAGAAAAGCGCACAUCGAAACAAGGGCUGGACUGCAUGAAGAGAAGCAGCAGUGUGUUAGGACAAUUUAGCACAGGCUCUUCACACACACAAAAAAAAAUCGUGCACAUUUUUUUUAGAAGCUUUCUACUGCUUGUUUUAUUCGUUUGCAGGUACAUUUUGCUCUUAUUGGCACGCAAAAUGUUGUUCAUCGCCCCGUUUCUUUUGCUAAACAUCGCGUUUGUGGACGGCGCAUCAGUUAUCCAAGAAUGUAUCCGAUCUAAUGGUACUGAGUACCGGGGAGAGAAGCAGACAACAGCUUCUGGAUAUCAGUGUUUAAACUGGACACUUGUAACCAGAGACUACAACAUAACUGCCCAUCCCGACACAGAAACAGGCGUGGGGAACCACAGCUACUGCCGCAACCCUGAUGGCUCUGCCUUGCCUUGGUGUUAUGUGACGAGUAACAGCAGUGAAGUCAAGCGACAGCUCUGUGCCUUUGAAAUCUGUAAAGAUCAGGCCACUCCAGCAGCAGUGACAGAGGGGUUCCGAGCCUCCUCCUCCAGUGAGCAGCGGAUCUUUGAGUCGGCCGAGUCGCUCUCGUCCCAGAGCGAGGGUGCGGCCGUACAGCCGGUCAUCGGGAUAAGCCAGCGGUCUGGGCCCAAGCAGAAGAAAGACCUGGGCACUCUGGGCUAUGUGAUGGGAAUUCUCAUGAUGGCGGUCAUCAUCAUUCUGGGCGUCGGAAUAACCCUGGGAUAUUUGUACAAGAGGGGACGUGACUUGAAGAAACAACAUGAUCAACGGGUGUAUGAGAGAGAGAUGCAGAGGAUAACCCUCCCACUAUCCGCCUUCUCCAACCCUACCUGCGAGAUUGUAGACGAGAACACCAUCGUCAUCAGCACACACCAGACCCCGGUGGAAGAUGUUGUGGAGGGAAGCGACCCCCUCAUGGGCCAGGCCGGCACUCCGGGGGCUUGAGUCGGUAGCUCCACCCUGGCAUGGGAGCUUGGAACACGGGUCACCUGAGAAAGGCAGCCCCUGGCUUCUUGUUUUUUUCAUUGUCUUAAGGCCUUGAAUUCAGAGGGCAAAGACUGAAAGCCAUACUAAGACAUGUUCUGAUGUAAAUGAUUUGGAAGUUGGAACAGUUUUCUACUCUUUUUAAAAACAGAGAGACAAAAAGCAUAAGGAGCAGACUGGCUUCUCAACAUGAAAUCAUCACGGAUGGAGCUUACAGAAGUGGGGCUGUAGUAAACAGUGUGCAUGAAAUUCUUAACGCAAGACAUUUUGUAAAAGACGGUGACGGUCUUCGAUUAUUUUCAGCUGCAGAAUAAGUAUAAUUCUUGUUUUAGCAAAUGUUGUUUUAAUCAAGAAAGACAAUGGAUCAAAGUGUUGUUUCAUACAGUUUUAAUGACAACAAUUGCUUUUUGUUCUGUUCAAAAUGGUAUUACUUUGUAAAAGACAGGUUCAAGCUGAAUUGUUUUUCUUGUGUAAGUGCUCCAAGUGAUGUUAACACGUUACAUUUUAGUUACUUCUCCCCCAAAGGAGCAAUGGGGCGGAUCUCUGUCCUGUCCCAAAAUACGCAACAGAGGCUGUAGCAGCACUCGCACAUUGCUGGGGUCUAGGAGAUAAAUGGGGACUGAUUGUUCAUUUGCAGAAUAAGCUGUUUGACAGUCCCACUGAAAAGUCUUUUGUAUUUUUGAACUUUGGAUAAGAAAACAAAAAUGCACAUAAUUGUAUUCCAAAAUAAAAAUGGAAAUGACAUGCAUGCACAAGAGAAGAAAAACUAGCUUUCUGGGGGUGGAAUUCUGACAAAGUGGGAUUUUUUAAAUUCAAAAUGGAACAAAAAAAAGAUUUAAAAAUCAGCCCGCAGACACUCUUAAAGCUGCAGCAAGUGCAGCCAGGAAAUUACAGUAUUUUAUAUUCUCAUUGUGCAUAGUUCCAGGUUUUUGGAUACCUGGAUGUAUGUGUUUCAUGGAGCAACCAUCUUUUUAUUUGUAUCUUGACAAAGUGCCCUUCUUCACCUUUCCACUUAUGCUAGUCAUUUCAGCGAGGAAGCAGUGGUUGUUGGUUCACAGAAGAAUGGACUGGUCCAUUAUGAUGUGGUGUAGCUGACAUUUUGUGAAAAGUUUGAGAAAUUGACAAAGCAACAUAAACGUUGCGGCUCAGAAUCGUGGCCAUCUGCCACAGGGCUGCACAGAGUAACUGUGGGGCAGAGUAAAAGAGGUCAGGGAGGCCAUACUCACCACAAAAUAGAACAAGCCAGGCUGUGCCUUUUGUAAUUUAGUUAAUGCUCAGUUCCACUGGAGCAUGACAUGACAUUAGAAGGACAAGAUUAUAUGGGGGAGCUCAGGGCAAACAGUUUGGGGGAAGAUUUAAAAAAAAAAAGUCACGUCAAGUGAAAUGUGUAGCUUAAACUGAAGUGACCUACAUCUCCCACCCUAGCUCUGUGAAACAGCUGUAUGCAAUCAGCAUGGGGUACUAUUACUAGAUAUUUUAUAACUGAAGUUAAAUUAAUAAAAAUUAAAUGCAAUUUCCAAAUGCGAUACCUUGAUUUAUUCCCCCAUUGUUUAUAAACCCAAUGUUCUUCAGGAAGUGUAUUUUCUUCGUCUAAUAUUCAUCAUCCAAAGAUUUUCUUUUUGCACAUUAUUGUAGGGCAUGUACGGUAAGAGAGACUAUACCACAGACUGUUUUCUGUGGAGAUUAUUAUUUACCAGGAAAAGGACUUUUUUUCUUUGUGAAUCUUACAAGCGCAAGCUUCUUGAACUAUCUACAACUAUCCCCUCAUUCUGUCCUGGAAAAACUGAACCUUUACUGUACUGCUAGUACAGUACAUACUGUCACUUAUUUGUUUAAUGUUUAAAAUAUACCUCAGUACUUGCAUUUGUAUAUUUGGCAGUGUUUUACUGCUAAGAAAAAAAAAAUAAAUGUGCAGAAAUUAAAAACUGCCUUCAGACUUGUUUUCUCAAGGAAUCUUCCAUUCAUCUCAGUCCUGGUUCCCGUUCC